AGUACAUGUCCAGCCGGUCGGACCAUCCCCUCCUUCCUCCAUGGUCGGGCGAAGCCAAAUCCGGAGGAUUUAACCUGACUGCUGAACAACUUGGGAUAGGAACUGCGAGAACUUGCCGUCUGCAUUGACUUUUGUUGUUGGUGGAGAGCAUUUUUGCAGCAUCUAACCAUGGAUUCUGACAAGGAGGAAGUGGAAGACUUUGAGAUCACGGACUACGACCUAUUGAAUGAGUUCAAUGUCGAUAGACCAAGGAGGCGAAUGACAAAGGCGCAAGCAAUUUAUGGUGUCUGGGCCAACAGUGAUGACGAACCAGAAGAAAGACAAGGAUUUGGUUCAUCUGGUCGGCGUGGCCAAGGAGACCUGAACUUCAUCAGUACAGAAGUUACAGGAGGUGAACAGAAUGAUGAAAACAAGGAUGGCAAAGCUGACAUCUCAUACCAGUUGCCUCUGCGAGCUGAGGGGUCUUCCAAAGGUCAGAGUUCAAAGGUCAUGACCAAUGCACAGAAGAAGCACGCUGAGCUGAUGAAGUCCGACAAGCAGUUUGGGAACUGGCAGAAGCACACGACGGGCUUCGGAGAGAAGCUGCUCCUUCAGAUGGGUUACAUCCCAGGGAAGGGUCUAGGCAAAGCCAACCAAGGAAUCGUCCGGCCGGUUCAAGCCACCAAACACAAGGGCAAGGGGGCCGUGGGCUCUAACGCCACGCCGCAGUACGUGGGUAGACGCGGCGGCCAGGAACCCGAAGCGGCAGACUCUGAAGAGGAGGAAGACGCGCAGUUUCGGGAGGAGCUUGCCCGGUGGAAGAAAGGAGGAGAGGCUGCCAAGAAAAAGACCAAGUAUGUCUACCGGACGGUAGAGGAGGUGAAGAAAUCAGGGCACCUCAAGAAGCGGAAGAAAGCUGAUCCCGCCGCCUCAGGGGUGAAGGUCAUUGACAUGACGGGGCCCGAGCAGCGUGUGAUGUCGGGCUACAGUCAUCUUGGAAAGCAGCACGACAAGCCCAGCGAGAGGUUAGAGGUCGAGGGCCCAGAGGGCAAAAAGUCGGCCUUUGAGAUGCCGGAAUUAGAGCACAACCUCCAGCUCCUGGUGGAGAUGGCUGAGCAGCAGAUCAUCCAACAUGACAGACAGUUACACCACGAGGAGGACAUGGUCGUCAACCUCCAGCACGAGCAGGGCAAACUCCGGGCCGUCCUCAACCAGGAGGAGCGGCAGAUCUCCCAGCUGGAGAAGAUCAUGGGCAUCGUGGAGCAGUGUGAGGCGCGGUCCAAGCCCGGCUGCCCCGACCCCCUCUCCCUGGACGACUGCGAGGAGAUCUUCAAGACACUGCAGAGCGACUAUCGGGAGGAGUAUAGAGCAUUUGAGUUGUCACAGCUUGCCGCUGUAAUUGUCUUACCGCUGAUAAAAGAAGAGCUGAGGUCUUGGAAUGCUCUCAGGGACAGCAACAAGCAUGUGGACCUCUUCAAAAGGUGGAAGGGUUUGCUAGACAUGGAUGACAGCCGCUUCCUGCUGCCCAAUGGCAAGACCAUGACGGUGUACGAGAGGCUGGCCUGGGACAUCUGGAUGCCGCAAUUCCGUCGGGCCAUCAGCAACUGGAAUAUGAGAGAGUGCGACCCUAUCAUUGAGCUGCUGGAGAACUGGCUUCCCUUGCUGCCCCAGUGGCUCCUCAACAACAUCUUAGACCAGCUUAUCUACCCCCGUCUCCAAGAGACCGUGGACGAGUGGAACCCAGUGGCCGACGUCGUCCCGAUACAUGCCUGGUUACACCCUUGGCUCCCUCUGAUGGGUGAUAAGCUGGAGCCGUUGUACAUCCCCAUCCGACAGAAGCUGGCCAAGGCUCUUACCAACUGGCACCCCAGCGACACCUCGGCCAAGACCAUCUUGAUGCCCUGGCGGAGGGUGUUCUCCCGGGGGACCCUGGAGGCUUUCCUGGUCAGGAACAUCGUGCCCAAGCUGGCUGUCUGCCUGCAGGAGUUUGUCAUCAACCCCUACGACCAGCAUCUCGAGCCUUACCGCUGGGUGGUAGACUGGGAAGAGUUACUUCCAACCCCAACGCUGGCUAGCCUGUUUGAGAAGCACUUCUUGCCCAAGUGGCUUCAGGUCCUGUGCUCCUGGCUGGGCAACAACCCGGACUACGAGGAGGUCAGCGAGUGGUAUCUAGGCUGGAAAGGACUGCUGCCCGAACGCAUCCGGGAGGAGCCGGCCGUCAAAGCUUACUUGAAGGAUGCGCUUGAUGUCAUGAACCAAGCAGUCUCAGGUGCACAUCCUGUGCGAGACGCCGAUAACAUGGCCUACGUCAGCAGCCUGCGGCGGCAGAGAGAAGCAACAAGCAGCAGCAGAUGGGAGCCAGAACCAAUGCAGGCGAGACAGUCAAGCGCUCCAACCAUCACUGUGCCUACCAACUUCAGGGAUCUAGUUGAAAAGAAGGCAUCGGAGAACAAUAUUGUUUUCCUACCCACCAACCGGCGACAUGAAGGGAAGAAUGUGUACGUGUUGGGCCCUCUUAAUAUCUACAUAGAGCGAUCUGUUGUUUAUGUCCACCAGGGACACGUAUGGACACCUAUGGGCUUACAGACAGCCAUUGAAUUGGCCCAGAAUAUGGCCUAGGCUAAGGGAAGCGGUGUAGGGUUUAGUCAAGAUGCCAAAAUACCAUGUGACCACAGGGAUUUGUUUUUCUUGAGAUCAGCCACCAUUGCAGCAGGCAAGCAGUUAUUUAGCAGCCGCGCGCCGUACCGUUUGAAUUAAACAAAUAGCUUGGUUUCCAUGGAUUCCAAUAUCAAAUAGCACAAUGGUCAUGACUUGUGCCAGGUGCCGCUGUAGUUAUCCUAUCAUUCCAAUGUUGGUCGCUGACUCCAUGUCGUUCUUAAACUUCCUGCCAAUUGUAAAGCUCUGAAGGCUUGCCUACAAUCUAAGCACAGUGCGCAGCACCGCAGUCUUCUACGACAAUGGGGGGUAUAGGUUCGGUCACGUGAGUGAUUGAGAGCAGUCCGUUGUGGCUUACUUCAACCUAACUGUGGUCUUUGCCAAAGAAAGCUUACAGAAGCAGCUUGAAGAAGUUUCUCCAUCAGCAUUAGAUAGACAAGUGAAUUCAAACAAUCAGGCAAAUCAGCUUUCUUCUACGUGGACUUGGGGCACAGGUCAGGUACCGUCAUGGAUACAGAGAGGCAGACUGGGCCUUCCACAGGUGGUUAUGUUAUUGCUCAGCCAAGUCAUUCGGGUACGGCCUUAAACACCAUCUGGUAACAGCAGCGCCCUCUGUUGCUCCGCGCCGAGCAUAUCCAGUUUAUUAGUGUGACGUUACUUAAGCUCAGACUGCGCUUACGACACAUAGGAUAGCAUCCGAACCACUGAAGCAGAGGUUUAAUGACACAAUUUGAGUGUCCAUCCAGCAGGAGCUUGUCAUCAGUGGUGCGUGCGCGUGUACGACGAAGUCACUAAUGAAGCGGACAGCUUUCAGAAAGGUUCAUCUUCUUUCAUGUACAAUGUAUUCUGUUGAGGGUUAAUCAUUGUGACAGUGGCAAAGCUGUUGACGGACACAGCUACAGCAUGGUCAAGGUAAAAGCAAGCCAAGGUGCCAAAGGCAGUUGCCAAAAGUACUUCUCACAUUGAGGUGGCCGGGAGUCACUUUCUACAAAUGCAGUAAAGUCUCUCCACCCUGAAAAGAGAAAGUAACUUUUUGGAGAUCUUGUUAUAUUUUCUGGGUCGAUCUGCACCUUACUUUUCAGGGAGAAGGGGGUGAUAUCUUUCGUUAAUUUUAAUUGUAAUUUAUAAGUGAACAAUUGCUGUAAGAAGUUGUGGUCUCAAUAAAGAAAACAGCAUUUUAUAGA